AUGGCCACGAAGCUCAUUCUUCCUCUGCUCAGUGCGCUGGUCUUCUACACCAUUUUCUACCUCUUCGAGAUCAAUGGCGCAAGUAAGCUGGUGAAAGAGUCCGUUGCGACUGGAAAACUCCCCGGCAGCGAUGCAGCGCUGCGCAAGGUGUAUACCGGAAUCGCGCCCAUUGACGAGCUCAUGGAGAUCCUCGUCGUCUUCUUUUGGCCUACCACCGAUGGCAGCAACCUCUCCCUGCUAGUGCAUACGAUCGGUUUCUCAGGGACCUUUGGAUCCGCCUGGGUUUUGGUUACGCUAGAGUCGUGGAGGAAAGGGAAUGCCUGGAAAAUGGUGGCAUUCCCAGUGGUCUUUGGCUUGAUCGCACAAGUCAUGACAUUUGCUUUUUCAGCGCCCCUCUACUUUGCCAUCCAUCUGUUCACCUCGGCGACGGCGAUCAGACCAACCGCGGAGAAUAUUCGCGUCCCUAGGGCAGUUCUGAACGCCAUCCCGUUGGUGUUUGUGAUCGGGUACAUGGUGCCGUCAGGCCUCUUGCUUCUGCCGGUGUCCGAGCAGGUCACCACAGAUCUGAAGCAGAUCUUUAUCGCGCUCUGGCAACCGUGGCCCGCAUACGUCUCGAUCCUGCUCACCCUGGUCCAUGUCUUCUUCUCGCCGUUCACCCGCAACGAUGGCAAUGUCGAAGGCGGCCGUGCGACCCUGCAUUCGUUCCGAUGGGUCUACGCAUUCGCUUUCGCCAAUACCGCCCUGACGCAUAUCAUCGCAUGGGUGAUCCCUCUCUCGACCGUUGCCACGCCCUCGCUGUUCAAGGAAGAGUACCUGCAUCCGCUCCAUCCGCUCGUUGUGUACGACAUUCCGAAACCAUGGGAGGCGCCGGUUCUCGUCGAGAGCGUUGGCGCUGGCGCGCAUGCGUUCCUUCGCUGGGAUUAUCUCAUUGGCUCGACGGGUGUUCUGAUUUGGGCUUUGAGCUUGUACCGGGCUGGCCACCGUCUUGUGUACGGCCAGGUGGGGUGCGUCGGGCUCGUGUUCAAGGUCGCUGCGUUGACGAUUUUGACUGGGCCAGUCGGAGCGGCUGUUGAGUUGAUAUGGGAGAGAGAUGAGUUGGUAUUCAAUGAGUUGGGGGGCGUGAAAAGAGCGGCCCCAGUGGGUAAGAAGCUUGCGUAA